CUUGUGCCGUGCACACCCGAGCUCAGGAGCCUUAUCUGAGUCCCCACACUCCCGUGCCCACUGGACUUGUGCUGGCUGAUACCUCCAAUCUCCCUGGAGACAGGUGGCUAUGUUGAAGAGCUGGGGUGGCAGCAGUCCUCUGUGAGUCAGGCUCCUCCCCGACCCCAAAGGAAAGAUCUCUUUCAACAGUGGACUGCAGAGAGAAUACACACUUAUUUUUAUGUUUUUUUUCCUGUGAGCAGCUUCGGGUAGACAGAAAGAGACAGUGAGACCCAGGCCAUAGGAACUGGUCCGGAGAGUGAACUUAUGAUGCUGUGAGCUCCUGGGCCCUCCUCCUCUGCUAUUUCUACAUCUCCGCUGUUGGCAGGAGUGUGUCUGCUCCCAGGAGAGUCGAACAAGGGGUUCUGGUGCCAGAGAUGUAACUGGGCCCCUUGUCCGAGUGUGUGUGACUGUACUAGUGUUCAGGACUGACGUGGAUGAGAGAUGGUGACUUCCAGGAGUCAGAAGGCCCAGUAGGGUUGACAUGGCCUCAGCUCCUUCCGUGACUAGCCUGGCAGAUGAGGUCAACUGCCCCAUCUGCCAAGGCACCCUAAGGGAACCAGUCACCAUUGACUGUGGCCACAAUUUCUGUCGUGGCUGCCUCACUCGCUUCUGUGAGACCCCAGGCCCAGAAUCGGAAGAGUCCCUCAGCUGCCCGCUCUGCAAAGAGCCCUUCCGUCCAGGGAGCUUCCGGCCAAACUGGCAGCUGGCCAAUGUGGUGGAGAAUAUCGAGCGCCUUCAGCUGGCAUCCACAAGAGGCCUGGAGGUGGAGGAUGCCUGUCCGGAACACGGGGAGAAAAUCUACUUCUUCUGCGAGGAGGAUGAGGCACAGUUGUGUGUGGUAUGCCGCGAGACUGGACAGCAUGGGGCUCACACUGUGCGCUUCCUGGAGGACGCAGCAGGUCCCUACAGGGUAGGAGAGGAUCCCUGCAGGGAACAAAUACAGAAGUGUCUCGUGUGUCUAAGGAAAGAGAGAGAGGAGAUUCAGGAAACCCAAUCAAGAGAAAACAAAAGAAUACAAGUGCUCCUGACGCAGGUAGCCACCAAGAAGCAACAGGUGAUUUCACAGUUUGCUCAUCUGAGCCGGUUCCUGGAGCGACAGCAGACUGUGCUCUUGGCACAGCUGGAGGGGUUGGACGGGGACAUCCUGAAGCAGCAGGAAGAGUUUGAUUCCCUGGCCACGAGGGAGAUCUGCCGGUUCAGCACCCUGAUCGAGGAGCUGGAGGAGAAGAAUGAGCGGCCAGCCAGGGGGCUCCUGACGGAUAUCAGAAGCACUCUAAUAAGACUCUGCCAUUUCUGUGCCCCUAGAUGUGAAACCAGAAAGGGCCGGAAACCUGAGGCUAUAUCCCCAGGACUGGGCCAAAGGAUCCGGGACUUCCCCCAACAGGUCAUGCCCCUGCGGCAGGAGAUGAAGAUAUUUCUGGAAAAACUCUGCUUUGAGUUGGACUAUGAGCCAGCUCUUAUCUCUCUAGACCCCCAGACUUCCCACCCCAAGCUCCUCCUCUCUGAAGACCAUCGGAAGGCUCAGUUCUCCUACAAAUGGCAGAAUUCACCAGAUACUCCACAACGCUUUGAUCGAGCCACCUGCGUUCUGGCCCGAUGUGGCUUUACAGAGGGGAGACACACUUGGGUGGUGAAUGUCGACUUGGCCCACGGAGGCAGCUGCACUAUAGGUGUGGUCAAAGAAGAUGUACGAAGAAAGGGAGAAGUGAGGCUGAGGCCAGAGGAGGGAAUAUGGGCAGUGAGGCUGGCUUGGGGCUUUGUCUCAGCUCUGGGUUCCUUCCCCACAAGGCUAGCCCUGGAGGAGCAACCCCGGAAGGUGCAGGUGUCUCUUGACUAUGAGGUAGGCUGGGUGACCUUUGUCAAUGCUGACACCCAAGAACAUAUCUAUACCUUCACUGCCUUCUUCACGCAGAAGGUCUUUCCCUUUUUUGGACUCUGGGGCAGAGGGUCCAGUUUUUCCCUGAGCUGUCAGGAAGGUGUAGUUUCCCUCCUCUGAGUACAAGACUGGAAUCAAGCACCCUUGGGAGCAGACCCUUGGCUGGGUCUCCAGGCUCAAACGUGAAUUUUUUAGAUAGUUGGGAUGGCAUGUGUUAGUAAGGGACAAGGUAGUAGGACCUUUAGUUUCUUCAUUGUUCAAGCCUUUCCCCAGUGUCCAUCAGAUGCUCAGGGUGUCUGGGACCUUGGCUGCUGCAGGCUGGUCUCACCACUGUCAUCAACGGGCACAGACAUGGAUGUACAAACAGUGCUGGCUUUUAAGCCUAAAGACCUGGAUUCCAGAUGAAGCCCUGUCAUCACCCAGCUGCGUGAUUUUAAACAAAACUUUGCCUCUUCAUUCUGUUUUCUUCCAAAGAUAUUAGCUAAUUUAUUCAUAUUUCAAGAAACAUUUGGAGGCAUAGAUGUGAUCAAAACACACACACACACACAUACGCACACACAUACACACACACACCAUAUAUAUAUAUAUAUGUAUUAUAUAAAGGAUAAAUAAAAAUGUUGUUUGAAAAGGAA